CGUAAACAAGGAAGUGGGAGCGAAUAAUGACUUGUUCGCGGGGUAGUGUGAAGGAGAAGAAAUGACUCCGCUGGGAAUUCCUCUGCCAAACAUGACUCCUUAAAGGUUACAAAUAAGACGUUCUCUCGAUGAAGCUGCUAUGGCCAUAAGGAGUGCUCCCAUGGUUCGGAUCUGUUGAUUAUGAAUCCCAGUGCUUCCUCGACUUGCCCCGCAGAUGAGUUUAUGGAUGACUGGCUCUUCCUCUCUCCUACCUCAGCCGCUUCUCAGAGUGGAGAAGAGGCGGAGGAACGGGGAAAACUCAAAUCCAAGUUGGUCUCAGCAUGGAACAAUGUCAAAUACAGCUGGUCUUUCAAACAAAAAUCGACAUUCAGCAAGACAUCCCCUGUGAUCUUGUUAGGGCAUCCAUAUAAUCUCAGUGAUCAAGGUGAGAGGGACUGUUUCCACCGCUCUUUUGCUUCCUUAUUGUGGUUGACGUACAGACGAGGCUUCCCUCAGCUGAGCGGCUGCGCACUGACCACCGACAGCGGCUGGGGAUGUCUCCUCCGCACGGGGCAGAUGUUGUUCGCGCGAGGGCUGCUUUUACACCUCAUGCCACAAGGCUUGACUUGUACUGUUGGCCAGCACGUGUUCAAAGACGACAUGGAUCUCCCUGAGGUCCGCCCUGAAACCAGUGCAGCGGGUUUAGAAAAUUCCAAAGGGCUCAGUAAGUGGGGUCGAACGUUGAGUUUGGGUUCCCUCGCCAGAGGCGUGGAGUCCACCCACAGGAGGGUGGUAUCGUGGUUUGCGGAUCACCCCUCUGCCCCCUUUGGGAUCCACCAGCUGGUGGAGUUGGGCACAACGUUAGGGAAGAAGGCAGGGGACUGGUAUGGCCCCUCGAUUGUGGCACACAUCCUCAGGAAAGCUUCUGAAGCAUCAACUCACCUUCCUGAUCUUGUUGUCUAUGUUGCACAAGAUUGCACAGUCUACAAAGAGGAUGUGAAAGCGCUGUGUGGAGCUUCUCCUACUCAGCCCUGGAAGUCUGUCAUCCUCCUGGUUCCUGUGCGACUUGGAGGACAAAAUCUCAAUCCUGCCUACAUUGCCUGUGUAAAGAAACUCUUGAAGUUACAAUGUUGCAUUGGUAUCAUCGGGGGCAAACCAAAGCACUCGCUCUUCUUUGUUGGUUUCCAAGAUGACCACUUGUUGUAUUUGGACCCUCAUUACUGUCAGCCCACAGUGGAUGUAUCAAAGGACGGCUUUCCUUUAGAGUCAUUUCACUGUAAACAUCCGAGGAAAAUGCCUUUCUCCCGCAUGGAUCCCAGCUGCACCGUAGGGUUCUAUGCCAAAGGCCGGAGGGACUUUGAGACGCUGUGCACACUUGUCACCCAGGCCGUCUUAGCAGCUGCAGAGACGUACCCCAUGUUUAUAUUCACAGAGGGUCAUAGUCGAGACCGGCAGGAGGAGGAAGGGACUAGCACCAAUAACUUCACUUAUAUCAAGAGGAAACAUGAGCGAAGGCGGGUGGACACUUGCAAUAGUUUGGAUGAGUUUGUUCUAUUGUGAGCACCCUUUAGAUAGAACUAUUAUAUACUUCAUUAUACAUGUAUAUAUAUGUAUGUAUAUAUGUACAUAUUUAUAUGUAUAUAAACAUAUGCCUUUAUAAAUAUAUAUAUAUAUG